UUACAAUAUAAACAAACCACUUAUGUUUUUGUACUUUGAAUAUUAUUAUUCAUGUUCAAAGUAUUCGGAGCGUACAAAUAAGUCUGAGCAUACCUUAUAUAAAGGCAUCUUUUAACAGAUCACGUAUUCAUCAAAACCCUCGAAAGACAAAAAGCGCGCUCACUGUUCAAUAAUGAAUCGCUACAUUUUUCUAAGUCUUGUUUUACUAGAAGUUUUCAUGAUUCACUCAGCUUUCACGACACCAUUGAAGGAAGAUGAAACUUGUAAUGAAUGCAAAACCUCAGUAGACUUUUUAAGAAAAAUACUCGGAUGGGAGACUGUUACUAGCCUCAUUGAAGCACAAAUUAGUUUGUUAUGUACAUCUACUGGAGUAAGCGCUGAAAAUUGCGAUGAGACAGUAGACAAUUUCUUACGAAGUGAAGUAUCUUAUGUUGAAAAAACUUCAUCAGAAGCUAUUUGUAAGGCCUAUGGAUUCUGCCAAAAAGUGUAGAGACAACACGUUUGAUCCGAUGUGUCAAUGUCUAUAUAUAUUAUAUAAUAAAUAAAGUUGAUAUUUUUAAA